GCCAUCAGAGACAAUUCCUGUCAGGGUCGUGGCCCGAGUACGUCCAUUCUCCAGUGACGAAGAGAAAAAAGGAGCAAAGAAAAUAGUGCAAGCAGGUGGUGACAAAAUUGUAAUUGAAGCUGCUGGAAAGUCUCAGAGUUACAGUUUUGACAGCUGCUAUUCCUGGGAAGUUAAAGGGAACCAAAUCUACAAACAGACAUGUGAUCCAUUACUUAAGAGAGCCCUUGAGGGCUACAAUGUUUCUAUCAUUGCAUUUGGAGCGACUGGAUCAGGAAAAACCUACUUGAUGUCAGGGACAGAGGAUGACCCUGGGAUUAUACCAUGUUUGAACAAGAGCCUCUUCAAACACAUAGAAGAAUCCAAAAACAAAGAAUUCUUUGUGACUGUCUCCUCACUGGAGAUCCUCGAUGAACAGAUGACAGACAUGUUGAAUCCCCAUAGCAACCAGAUGAAGGUCAGAGUUCAUCCUCAGCUUGGAAUUUUUGUUGAUGGAUUGUCAGAACUUGUUGUUCGCAGUGGAGAAGAACUUGCCAAAUACUAUGAACAAGCAAACAGAGCUCGUAAGAUGGGAGCCACUGAUCUAAAGGCCCAUAGAGCAAGGUCACAUGGAAUCUUCACGAUUACUGUUGAACAACGGGAAAGUAAUUCUAGCAGGAUGGGCGUUAAAUCUACAAUCUCAUUGGUCGAUCUUGCUGGGAUUGAAGGAGCCGAAAGUCAAGACAAAGGACAAGCUAAAAGCAUACAAGCAGUACUAAGUGUAUUGUCAGCUUUAGGGGACUCCAAGAAGAAAGGAGGACAUGUUCCAUAUAGGGACUCAGUUGUCACUAGACUUCUACAGAAUUCCCUGGGUGGUGAUUCUGUCACUCUUUUGCUCCCAGUUAUAUCACCAGCAGAUGUCGCAUACCAAGCCACGAUAGAAACACUGAAAUAUGCCCAGUUUGCCAAAGUUAUCAAGAAUGAGGUGAAAUGUAAUGUUGAUGAGACCAAUCAGAUCAUUACAGAACUAAGGUCAGAGAUUGCAAGACUGCGCAACAAAAUGUCCUCCAGUAACCAAAGCAACAAGGAUGAUGUUUUACAAAUGGAGGACCUGAUACGAGAUCUCCAGAUUGCGAAAAGACAAACUUGGGAAGAGAAGGAACGUCUUUCAGAACAAUACGAACAAGAGAGAAAGAUAAACCUUGCAAAUAAGGGUAUCCUUGAAUGGGUGAUGGACACCAUGAAGAAAGGUAACAAAGAAAUCCAGGAGAGAAUGCUACUGCUGCAGAAAGAAAAAGAUCAGUUGACCAUAGAGUACAAAGAGAAGCGAAAAUCAGUAGAUGAGAUGAAGGAUGAUUUACAGAAAAGAAUUGCAGAUUAUUCCAAACUGGCAGAAUCAGGAAAGGCAAGUGAUUCUGAAACAAAAACCCGAGUUAGCGCCAUUCAUGAGUUGAAAGAGAGGCUGAAACGUGAAAGUGAGGCUGUGAAAGAUGUCAAAAGGAGGCUGAAGGAUGUUCAAGAAAAACAAAAAGCAGAAAAAGAUGAUGCCAGAUCUCAGACCACUGCCUUAAAAGGCAAUGCAGAACUACGCUACAUGGUGGAAGCGGAGGAACGGAAGAAAACAGAACAUGAAAAUAAACUGAUGGUUGCCGAGGAGAUGGAGCGGAUGAAGAUGGAACUGGAACAUGAGAAAGCUGAGAUACAACUUAAGGCGGCUGAGGGUCGUGCAUACAGCAGUAAGGAAGGUGCAGAUCUGGAAAUAGAGCUGUUGGAACUUAAAGGGGAGAAAGGUGUUGUUUCACUACAGCUGCAAACAUACCAACAAGAGAAGCAGAAGCUGCAGAAAGAUCUAGAAGAGAUGCACAGAAGACACAAAGAGGAGUUGGAGAUACAGCAACUACAACACUUUCAGACAUUCAGAAGUUAUCGUGAGAUGUUUGAAGAACAAAAGAUGGCGCUGGAGCAGCGGUAUCGCAAUCUUCUAGAAGACGCCAUCCAGGACGCUGUUUAUCUUUCAUCACGCAAUAAUGAACUAGUCGACGAGAAUGCAGCUCUCAAACAAAAGCUGGCAGAAAACAAGGACACUAUCAGUCAGCUAGGUGGACGAGUAUAGAGUAACUGAAUGUGCAGGGCACAGGUGGAAUAUGCUGGAAAUUUUGUGAAAUAUUCAGGAAAAUCGGAGGAUUCUUCCUGCA